CAGCGGUCCUGUUAUCCUGGAUCGACUCCCCAAAGUCCUACCUGAGGGAUCAGAGAGAGUAACAGAGAACCUACCAUUCCCUCGCGCUUCGGGACUACAUCCCCCAUGAUGCCUCGCUCCAACGCUUCUUCGUUCCCCUUGUAAUCGACUUUCUAGAUCAGCCAAGACCCGGAGCGGAAGAGCUCGGCUCCUCGGAACUACAGCCCCCACCAUACCCCCUCGGACUACGACUCCCAGCAGCCUCCUCGUCACGACAAACGAUCCCGCAGCCACAUAGGAUCCGGAGGCGGAGGCGGCAGCAGCAGCGGAAGGUGAGCAAGCCGUAGGAGCAGCUGGAGACGAUGGCGGCGGGAAGCGAUUUGUUUAACCCCGGGACAGAGGUGGAGGAUCCAGGGAUCAGUGCCAAGACGCUGCUGCCCAAGCUGCUGCCGGCGGGCUCAGCUGGCCGGGAGUGGCUGGAGCAGCGCCGGGCCACCAUCCGGCCCUGGGGCCCCUUCCUGGACCAGCGGCGCUUCUCGCGGCCUCGAAACCUGGGCGAGCUGUGCCAGCGCCUGGUGCGCAACGUGGAGCAUUACCAAAGCAAUUACGUCUUCGUCUUCCUGGGCCUCAUCCUGUACUGCGUGGUCACGUCCCCCAUGCUCCUGGUGGCCUUAGCGGUCUUCUUCGGAGCCUGUUACAUCCUCUACCUGCGCGCUCUGCAGUCCAAGCUGGUCCUCUUCGGCCGAGAGGUGAGCCCAGCACAUCAGUAUGCCUUGGCAGGGGGCAUCUCUUUCCCGUUCUUCUGGCUGGCUGGAGCUGGCUCAGCUGUCUUCUGGGUCUUGGGAGCCACCUUGGUGGUCAUCGGAUCCCAUGCAGCCUUCCACCAGCUGGAGGCAGCCACCGAUGGGGAGGAGCUGCAGAUGGAGCCUGUGUGAAGGCCCCCCACCCAGAGCAGGGAGGCUAGAACCAUGGAGACCGAGCCUGCUGGCCCCCCUCCUCUGCCCAACCUUGCCAGCCUUGCCUGAGAGCUCCCCUCAGGAGAGCAGAGGGAGAGUUUGGGAGCCUGGCAGAGGGAAAGCAUAGCCUGAGAAUAAAGUCCAGCCCUCUACAUAGGAAUGUGGCUUUGGCCAACA